AUGACUUAUGAAAAAACUAAUCUACAAAAACCGAAUGUCUAUAACACAUUUUUGCCAUUUUAUGAUACCAUCAAACAGCAAAGUUUAGAAUCAUUCGAAGAAAUUUGUGAAAAUCUUUCUCGAAUUAUUCAAUUACGUGAAUUAAGACCCGGCUUUCCAUUAUGGUCAUCGAAAUUACAACAAUUCAUUUCACUCUAUGGUUAUUCAUUUACGAAGAGCGAUCAUCUGAAAUUAAUUCACUUGUACUUAACCGUUCUGACAAUUCCGGACUUGAACUUUUCCAAUGCGAAAACAAGUUUCGACAUCAUGGACGAACUCUUAAGCAAGUCUCGUUUAAUCACAAGAGAUGAUCUCAUUAUCGAUUGGCAUAUACUUCAUACAUGGAUCAAAUUGAUUCUUUUCAAUAACGAUGAAUCCUAUUCAUUAGUAGCUUUGCCAAAUGAUGUUGAAAAAUCGCUUCUGUACUGUGUCCGCAGUUGUCGACCGUAUUUAUCUGCCACAGCAACACAAGAGAUUUUGGAUCAAUUUCGACCAUCCCUAUGUCCCUUUGAUUCAGCAUUUAGUGAUGCGAUGUGUUAUUUUGAUUUACUAUUACCUGUUCAUUUACCACCGGAACUACAUGAACAAGGAUUUAAAUUGUGGUUACCGGAAUUUCUGAACAUCUGGGAAAGUGUAACAAACAAUCCGGACUGGGAACAAAAUGUAAUCAAUAUAUUUUCCUUUGUGGCAUGGUGUAAUAUUGGUUACAUUGAUUGGGAACCUUGGCUUCCAAAAAUUUUUACACGUAUAUUGAAAAGCUUUUCACUUCCGGUUGCCAAUGUUCAAGUAUCUACUCAAUCGCAAAAUUAUUCGUUGACAAUUAUAUCAACGUGGCUUGUCGCGAUGAUGGGCAAUGGAAGUUCGUGCUUACGGUAUUUGAAAGACUUCUUUACGGCAACAAAGAGUUUUUAUCAUCCGUCGAAUACGGGAGAUUUCCAACGAGAUCUCAUUCGAUUUCUUUCGAAAUUAUCGCAAGCAUUCGUCGAUCGAGUUCAUUUAGAACGAAAACCUGAUCGUGUCUGGCAUUUCAAACCACUUGCGUCGCAUCAACUUACCGAAGACGAUAUUACGGAGUUUGUUAAUUGCGUGAAAGAAUGUGUGUUCAUUUCGAUAUUCAACAAAGCAAAUCUCGAAGAAGCAGCGAAAGCAUGUCAAUCUCUAUCUCAACUUCGACCAGAAUUAAUUGUUCCACCAUUAGUUGAAUUAUUAUUUUCUUCCAUCGAUAGUAUUACUGAGCCACAUCGUUUCACUGCUGUUAUCACUUGUCUGGCUGGUAUGACAAGACAGAUUGUACAGCAAACGCCGAGCUUUUCCCAAGGUCAAACCUAUGUCUUGCCAUUGUUGAUGGCCGUUCUACCUGGUAUCGAUUCCAAUGAUUUCAAAAAGACAGCGGUUACUUUUCAAUUUCUCAAUGCUAUACUCAUACUUAUCACAUGUGUUGAUUGCUCAUCGGCUGUACAUACUCGAAACGAUCUCACCGAGAUUGAAAAAGAGGUGUGUUUGUCAACAGCAAAGUUCGAAGAUUUCAUCAGUGAAUUUCUCAAUCGAACAUUUCAAAUGAUUGACACUGUAGCAACUGAGAUGUCCGAUGCAGUAAUGUUAACGAACGAAACAAAUUCUGAAGAUCAAGAAGCUACUCAAGAAUUGACUAACAUGAUUUCUGGCAUCACUGAACAGUGUAGUGAUAAAAUCUUCCAAAUGAUUAAAGAGAAAAUAACAAACUUCAUAGCAGUAUCUUCAUUUUCGCCUAAAACAGGCAAAUUUGUUAAUGGUUUAGUACGAGCUAUUCUUACAGGGAAACCCGAAGAAACACUUAAGUCUCUUCUACCACAAACAUGUGAACGAAUUACAAAGAUAAUCCAGCAAUCCGAUUCGUUGGUAUUAACUGAUCAUAAGGGAGAUGCAGAAUUAACUUGGUGUCUAACAUUAUUUUCUGAACUUCUUCGUGCUCGAGGUGAUACACUACUCGUCUAUAAACCAGUGAUUCUUUCGGUUUUCCAUCAAUGCAUACAUAUCAUUCAUAAGGAAUCUUAUGAAGCUUUGGCCAAUGCGGCAAGAAACUUGAUCAAAUCUCUGGCCUACACCCAUCCAAUAGAUUAUCGUUUAACGGUAGAAAACAUCGAGGAGCCCUUCACUGAUUUUCUUCCUAUUCGAGCAUGGGGCCAACAUGUUGAAUUCGACAAACUUCAAGUGAAAUUCCAUAUUCCAAAUGCUGAAGAAGUCGACUUUGCAUGUGAGUUUGUCGAAAGAUUCAUUUAUCCGGAAUUGGAAUUGUUGAAUGAAAAAUGCUCGAAAAUGUCGAACGAUGAACGAUUAAGAUCACUUACAUUAAUUCGAUUCAUGGCUAUUGGAUGUUUUCGUAUGGUGCCACGUAUUGAUAGUCCGGAAGUGAAAAAUCUAGUACCAUCUGUGGUACCAAUUGAUACGAAUAAACGUGCCAAAUGCGCGUUAUACGCUAAAGAGCCUCAUUUCAAAGAAAAUCUACGAAUGCGUCUAUUAACCGACAUUGGAAAGUUACUUGAUGAUCUUGUCGAAAAUCAUUCUGAUGAUGCUUCAUCGCUAAAAACAGCUCUGAAGAUAUAUUCAAUAACAUCUGUCUACUUUGGCGUAUUUGAAAAUUAUGUCGAAAAACUAUGCAAAAGUCUCGAAACGAAUAAAGCAUUAUUUAAAAAUAAAUUAGUUGGCAAACGAAAGCAUCCGCGUUAUAUCAUUAUCAAACGUAUUAAUGUUCAAUUAGAAUUGUUUUCGGUCAGUAAUUAUCAAAGUUUGACUGAAAUCGAUAAACAAGUCAUUUUGAAACUAUUCGAAUUAUCAAUCCAUCGUUACAGUGAAGUACGACGCAAUGCGCAAGUGUACCUGUUUCAUAUUUUACGACGUUAUCUCUUCUCAUAUCAAGUGAUUAUUGAUCGAAUUCUGGAAUUGCUCAACAGUCCAGGUGAAGCAGAUCACGAUCAAAUCAAAGGUUGUCUUUAUAUCCUUCUUGGCAAUGACUCGAUUUUUAUUCCAACAAAACAUUCAUGGACAUUACUUGAAAAACUAUGGCCGUCACUUGCACGCACGAAGCACGCGACGAAAAUCAGCACACAAAACCUUCUCGAUCGAAUUAUGGAAAAAAUCGGCAAACAAUUCGAUACACCUGCGAUUACUGAAGAUACCAAUGAUGCGUCUGUACAAGCUGCUGUUGCAUUGUGGAGACCACUGGACGCUAGUGAAUUAGUAUCACGAGAUCAACUGAGAGAAGAACGAAAUCAAGCGAAUAUUCUGUCUUAUAACAAUUUGAUGGAAACUUUAAACGCUCUAUUCUAUGGAGAUGUAUUAACAUGGCGACAACAAGAAAUGACGAUGGCUUUUAUUUGGCUACUCCUACAAAGACGUAUUCCAAUUCCAGCGUCCUGCAUUCGGACAUUCGUCGCUUUUCUCAUUCACGAUAAUGUCGAACUACGAAAGAUCUCAGAAAAAGGUAUCGCAGCAUUUACUCGCAUUCAAAAACCACCUCGAAUAUACGUCGAAAAGACACUCGAUCAGAUUCUUCAGCGACCUGUCGAUAUCGAUCAAUGUCGUCCAGGUGAUCGUGAUGACAAUCUCUGGAUCACCAUCAAUGACUACAAACCACCUACAUCUCAGCAACAAUGGGAAGAAACUUGUUUCUUGGACAAGAGCUUUCAUGGAUAUUAUAAGUGGCCAAAAGUGAUUCGAUAUCCGAUGAACAAGCGAGAACGAUACACGAGAGAAACAAUGCCAGAAGAUGUGUUGAUAUUGUAUGAGAGAUUUAUCGACCAAGAGUUCAUAGGUAAAUUUAUCCAGUUUAUGGUGUUAGAUGAAGAAGAAGAAGAAAUCAAUUUUGAUAUUCAUCGAUUUCGAAUGUUCAAGGGCCUCUUUCGAAAUUUCGGUUUGCCGUUAGUGCAUAGUUUUAUGAAGUAUUUAUACGAACUUAUUCAUGAUAAAACAACAACACAAGAAGGAAGUCAUCGAGUAGCAGCUGAGAUAACAGGAGCGAUGAUUCGUGGUUCGAAACAUUGGACUUUAGACAUGUUGGAAGAACUGUGGAAGAAGUUGACACCAUUUCUCGCUGAAGUUUGUACAAAUCUUAGUCCAGAAACGGUUGGACAUUGGGGAUCUUGUUUCAAAUUCGGCAUAGAAGAUGAGGAUCCACGUCGAAUGUAUCGUCCGAUUGAAUUUCUUCGAUCAUUGAUAAAUACACAUGCUACAGGAAACACAUUUCUAGCCACAUCGCAAUGGACUCUUGUACAAAAAUUAAGCAAUUUCGAAUGGCGUAUUCCUGCGAUAUGGUGCACCAUUAAUCAGUAUGCAAAAGACUAUCUCGAUCAUCCAUACAAAGCCAUACGAGAACGGAUUGCCAGUAUUUUAUCAACUUCCUUGAGUUUUGAUAUGAUACUAUCGGAUGGUCAAUCAAUUCGUCAUCCAAAAAUUGAUGAAUUUAUUGAUGGCAUACGUCAACGAUUGGAUCAAGCAAUUCGAAUCUAUGAACAAACACCAUUAGCAAACAUCUCUGGUGAACGAGUUGAAAUCGAUUCUGAAGCACGUAGAGCGUUGAAUUAUAUCGAGUCAGUUGUUCAACUACACACACUGAUGUUUUCUGGUUACCUUCAACCGGUCAAAAGUUCGAUCAUCCGUCUAUUUCCUCAUCUCUGCGAAAUUGACAGUAUUAUCUCUAACGAUGACUUUAUUCGUGAAAGUACUGUUAUAAGUCGAAUGUACUUAGCAGUUACUUACCUUCAAACGUCAUUCAUUGAACCAUUGAUCGAACAACUCGAACAUGUUUGUUCUAGCACAAAAUGGCAUGCACGACGCGCUGCCAUCGAGUUCGUUCAGAACAUGAUCUUCUGCAAUCUUUUCACUACCAGACCCUAUGCUCAACGAUUGCGACAGCUCGUCUUCAAGCGUCUUUUCGACGAACAGUUCGAAGUGCGAACUGUCGCCUCGGUCACUCUCUCUGGUUUCUACCAGUGUGGAUUCAUUCAAGUCAGCAACGAUGAUCUGAAACACUUUCGCGUGAUGAGCAAAACUAGUUAUUUCGUAAAAGUCGAUGGCAAGAAAGUGACGUCGGCUGAGAACAUUGUCAAACGACAUGGAGGUGUUCUUGGUCUUUGUGCGAUCGUGCUGUCGAGUCCAUACGAUAUUCCCAAUCAUGUUCCUGAAGCAUUGAUGUUACUGUGUGAGCAUUCACAUGAUCCUGAUCUGAUUCAAAAAUCGAUCAAGAAGGCAUUAUCGGAAUUUCGUCGAACUCACUAUGAUUCGUGGCAUGAACAUCGUGAAAAGUUUACUGAAGAUCAACUUGUGAUUCUUGCUGAUGUUCUCAUAUCACCUAGUUAUUAUGCAUAA